AACUUUCAGUGUGCGGCAAAUUUUGACGUCUGGGCAAAAUAGUGUAUUAGCACCUUAAUGUUUUGUUUUCAUGCAUCGUAUCUCAGUACUCAGUCUCGGAAGCCUUACGGGUUUUUCAAUUAUUUUUCGGAUAAUUAAAGUGAAAAAGAACAGCUGAAAAGUGAUUUAAAAUAACGAGUUAUUGCUCUCGUGGCAUCAAACAUCAUUGAUAAAAACCGCGGAGCGGCUUAACAAAAUGAGCCAAGCACCCAUGGCUUGGAAUUCAUCGAAUAAAUGGGCUGGGGAGCAUCAGAAGUAUGUGCUGAAUCGCGCCGCAACUUUUGGACCGUCCCCAAAGGAGGAACAUUCAAAUCCAACGAAAUCAACUGAGGACAUCCGCGUCAAAGAGGAACCACCGGACCAGACGGGGAAUCCUGUCGUCGCUUCCGACCUGCUGGAGCUGGGCGAAGUCAAGGUUGAAGUAUGUGAAUCACCGGCGGAUUGUAAACCGGAUCCGAUCAGUGCCCUUUCGGAAGGUUUAAAGCCGCUUGAGGAUCUACCGGCGAUCACUUUGGCCGAACUACCCGAAGUAACGUGUCAGUUUUGCCUGGCGCAUUUCCGGGAUCCCGAAGGUCGAGGACUGAUCACUCGGAGGCGAAUUGAAUUUGUGCUGGGAGUGGGGAAGUGGGAUGCCUCCAAUGAGCAGCUGAAUUGCUGCCAGGAAUGCAAGGAGAUGUUUGAUUUGUUCUACGAGUUCAAACGGUCCUGCUUGAAGGUGCUGGCCCUGCAAGCUGACGUACGAUUAGACAAAGACGUGACGAUGAACGAUCAUGAAACCGAGGCGUCAAUACUGGAAUCAACGAUGGCCAUUCCGCCAAGUUUGGAUGGAAAUUCGGACAUCGUAGUCGAUGAUAGAGUGAGAGAGUUGACCGAGAUGAAUCCCUAUAGGCUCGACCAUCCCGAGAAGCUGUUGUACCAUAAGAGCGGGAAUGAAGAUUCUACACCAGCUCCGUUUAAAGGAAAACGUUCAGAUAAAGGAAAAACGCCAAAAAAGCAUCAAAAGCGAAACCCAGUCGCAGAGGACGUGGUUCAGAAGGCGCUGGAAGAAGUCAAGUGCGGUACCCUGACCUAUUAUGCGGCAGCGCUGAAAUAUGGGAUUCCACGCACAACGCUUCAGUACCGCCUUAGCGAUGUAUACAAACAUAAGGGAUCGCGUGGACCUUACACGGUAUUGACAUCGGCUGAGGAAGAGGAAAUCGUCACUUGGCUGAAGGACAAAGAACGAAAGGGUCACCCAAUAACGCAGCAUACUAUUCAAAGCAAGGUCACCAGUUUUCUGAAAGCGCAUCCGAGAGUGACGCCUUUCAAAGACGAUACGCCUGGUAGGUGA